ACUACGCCGCCGGGCGGGGGUCGCGCCGGCCUAGCACCUGGGGCUCUGCGGGGGCCGGGCAGAGACCUGCGGUCCCGGCGUGUCCGUAUUUCCGGUGUCCCCGAGAGCUUCGGCGACGGGGCCGCAGGGCGGGCCCUGGGCCGCAUGACAGGCGGCAGCCCCGCAGCACCGCCGAAGCCGGCGCGCCCGCCCGGUGCAGCCGUACUGCCGGGGAGACCCCGCGGCCCCAGUCUCGCGCGGCCCCGCUGGGCCCCUCCUCUCCCCGGGUGGGGCGCAGCUCCGCAGCCUCCGCCCGCGGCCUCGCCUGGCGCGUCCUUCCGGGUCCUCCGGCCUUUCCGUGCCGGUGCUGCAGGCCCUGGUCCCUUCCCACCCUGCACGCCGCUGUGCUCCGGCCUGGGCCUCCGGGCCGGCCGCCUCCGGCGCGACUUCCAUUGGCCUGAGUUUCCGGGCAGCUCUUGGCCUGUGCAGCCUUGCUGGAGGCCGCCCUGCGGCAUCGGAGUGGACGAGGGAAACAGCAGCAGUCACGUAGGGGAAAAGCUGUUGAGGACGGUGCCGUGCGUUCCCGUAGCGCACGCGCCCGGUGCAGUGCGGCGUCCCACGCGCGUGCCAUGUAGAGGUUCCAAGUCGAAGGUUCACUUUUAAAACUGUAGCCGCCGGAAAGGCCUUGCCGGACUCCCGCUGGCCGUCACCUUGAGUGGUCAUAUUUCCCAGAGAGGCACCCACCAAGAUAUGGAUCAGAAACUUUCAAACUUGGUAGAAGAGCUCACAACUUCAGGAGAACCCCGACUAAAUCCUGAGAAAAUGAAGGAACUGAAGAAAAUUUGCAAGUCUUCAGAGGAGCAGCUGAACCGCACCUACCGCCUGCUGAUAGCACAGCUGACCCAGGAGCACGCCGAGAUCCGCCUUUCAGCCUUUCAGAUUGUGGAUGAGCUCUUCACCAGGUCUCACCAGUUCCGGGUGCUGCUUGUUUCCAACUUCCAGGAGUUCCUGGAGCUCACGCUGGGCACGGACCCUGCACAGCCUCUGCCGCCCCCCCGGGAGGCGGCGCAGAGGCUGAGGCAGGCAGCAACCCGGGCCGUGGAAGGGUGGAAUGAGAAGUUCGGGGAGGCCUACAAGAAGCUUGCCUUGGGCUACCACUUCUUAAGACACAACAAAAAGGUGGAUUUUCAAGAUGCAAGUGCUCGAACUCUGGCCGAAAGAAAGAGAGAAGAGGAGAAGCAGAAGCACUUGGAUAAAAUUUACCAGGAAAGAGCCAGCCAGGCGGAGAGAGAGAUGCGAGAAAUGUCUGGAGAAAUGGAAUCCUGCUUGACAGAGGUGCAGAGCUGCUUUAGGCUCCUGGUACCGUUUGGCUUUGACUUUGGCCCGAGCCUGGAGACAGAAUCCUUUGGCAUGGCUCCUGAUGCGUCCGAUGCCCCCCGCUCCUCCUGCGCCAGCCAGGUGGGCCCUUGCCGGUCUGGCCCCCCUGACCCCCGGGACGGGGAGCAGCCCUGCUGCAGUAGGGACCUGCCUGCCUCUGCAGGCCAACCCGGAGCAGGCGGCGGGGCACUGCCGCCCCAGGCAGCUGUGGGAGACCCCUCAGAUGAGGACGAGGACAGCGACCUCGAGGAGUUUGUGCGGAGCCACGGGCUGGGCUCACACAAGUACACGCUGGAUGUGGAGCUCUGCUCAGAGGGCCUGAAGGUGCAGGAGAACGAGGACAACCUCGCUGUGGUCCAUGCCGCCCGUGACACACUCAAGCUCAUCCGGAAUAAGUUCCUGCCGGCCGUUUGCUCCUGGAUCCAGCGCUUCGCUCGCGUGGGGACCCACGGUGGAUGUUUAAAACGUGCCAUUAACCUGAAGGCAGAACUGGAGCUUGCCCUGAGGAAAUACAAGGAGCUGGACAUCGAACCCGAGGGAGGGCGGGGCUGCAGGACUGAAUCCCUGGGGGAUGGGGAGGAAGACGAGGACGAUGAGGACUUUGUGGAGGUGCCUGAGAAGGAGGGGUAUGAGCCCCACAUCCCUGACCACCUGCGGCCUGAGUAUGGGCUGGAGGUGACGCCCGAGAAGGACCCGGCUGCACGGGGCUUGCGGAUGAGGUUGAGGAGGGACGAGGAGGCGUCGGACCCCACCUCUGCGGCUGCUCAGUUGCGGCGGCUCCAGGACCACUUGCCCCGACCCUCGUCUGCCAGCCUCUCCGGAGUGUUGCUGGAGCCAGAGGAGGCCCAGAAGCUGGCGGCAGAGCGGGCCCGGGCGCCUGUGGUGCCCUACGGCGUGGACCUGCACUACUGGGGCCAGGAGCUGCCCACAGCUGGGAAGAUCCUCAAGUCUGACUCCCAGCACCGCUUCUGGAAGCCCAGCGAGGUGGAGGAGGAAGUGGUCAACGCCGACGUCUCCGAGAUGCUCCACAGCCGCCACAUCACUUUUGCGGGGACGUUCAAGCCAGUGCAGCACCGGUGCCGCGCCCUGAGGCCAGACGGUCGGCUCUGUGAGCGCCAAGACCGGCUGAAGUGCCCUUUCCAUGGGAAGAUCAUUCCAAGGGACGACGAGGGACAGCCACUCGACCCGGAGGAGAGGGCCCGGGAGCAGCAGCAGCAGCGGCAAAAGCAGGAGCGCCCGGGGGUGGCCUUCCUGAGCCCGACCAGCACGACACCUGGUGGAUGCCCACCACUGCCUUGUAUGAGGAACCCCACAGGAAGCCUGGGCCUCCGAACCUCGAGGGCCUUGGUGCCACUAUGCGAAUGGCAGGACCCUGAGCUGAUGAGAGACGUGGAGGCAGCCACGGGGCAGGAUCUCGGCUCGUCCAGGUACAGCGGGCAAGGCCGGGGGAAGAAGAAGAGGUACCCCCACCUGACCAACCUGAAGGCCCAGGCUGACACUGCCCGCGCUCGCAUCGGGAGAAAGGUCUUCGCCAAGGCAGCUGUCCGGAGGGUAGUUGCAGCCAUGAACCGGAUGGACCAGAAGAAGCACGAGAAGUUUUCAAACCAGUUCAACUAUGCACUGAAUUAGAGAGCUGGGCCCAGGGCACCCUCAGCACCUCUUCUCCCUCUGCCAGUGCCUUAGGACACCAGAGUGGGCAUGGGUCUGGGCAGUGACCAUGCUAUGUCUAUUACUGUGUUUGAUGUAAAGAAGUCGUAUUAAAAUGCCCUGAAGGUGGGGCUCUCUGCUGCUGUGGGGUCCAGCACCAUCUGCUGACGGGUCUGGCCUUGCAGAAGAGGCCCUUGAGCCUGGAGAUGUGAACCUGGGCAGUGAGCCUGUUCCCAGAGGGCGCCCGAGAGUUCUUGUGGGGCCAGUGCCUGUGGUGGGGCAGAAAGUGCGCGCAGCUGUGCCUUCAGAGCCCGCAUGCCCAGCCAGGAGGCCACCGGUCAGAGGAGCUCUGAGGAAGCCCACUUCUGUGCAAAUGCUGUUUUUAACGCAAACACCAAGGCUAGGAAACCAUUCACUCACCUGCUUCUGUUUCUGGUUGUGCCUUUUCAUACAACGUGUGGUCUUUUGUGUGCUAAAGACUGAUACCGAGCAUGUUCUCACGUGCCUCCUGGCCACUCGUAUGUCUUCUUUGGAGAGGAGCCUAUUCAAAUCUUUUUCCUAUUUGUAAUUGAAUUGUCUGUCUUGAGUUGUAGCAGCUUUUUUUUUUUUUUUCUUUUAGAGAUGGGCUUUCACCCUUACCCAGGCUGAGUGCAGUGGUGCAGUCAUAGCUCACUGCAACCACAGACUCCUGGGCUCAAGCCAUCCUCCCUCAUCAGCCUCCCAAGUAGCUGCGACUACAGGCACACGCCACAACACUUGUCUAAUUUUUUAAAUUUUUUGUAGAGAGGAGGUCUCACUGUGUUGCCCAGUGUGGUCUCAAACUCCUAGCCUCAAGCGAUCCUCCUGCUUCAGUCUCCCAAAUGGUUGGGAUUGCAGGCAUGAGCCACCGCCCCUGGCCACGAGUUCUGUAUAUCGUGAAUACUAGAUCCUCAUGUGACUCGCACAAACUUUCUUCCAUACUGUCAUUUUACUUUCUGGAUAGUGUCCACUGAAGCACAAAAGUUAAUUUUGAUGAAGUCCAGCAGUUUAAUCUGUUUUUUCUCUUUUGUUGCUUGUGUUUUUACUGUCACAUCUUGGCAGCCAUUGCCCAAUCCGGAAUCAGAGAUUUGCACCUGGCUUCUAAGAAGCAUGUAUAAUUUCAGCUCUUAGGUGUCGAUCUUGGCCCGCUGUGAAUUAGGCUUUGUGUGUGGUGUAAGAGCCCGUAUUCUUCUGCAUGUGGAUAUCCCACAUGCACCGUUCGUUGGAAACAUUAUUUUUCCCUAUUGAAUUAUCUUGGCACCCUUAUUGAUAAUCACUUGACCGAAAAGAUACAGGUUUAUUUCUGGGCACUUUAUCCCAUUGACCUGUUUAGCCUUACGCCAGCACCACAGUGCAUCGGUCAGUUUUCCUUUGUUCUGUUUCAAGGUUGAUUGACUACUCUGCAUACCAUGCAUUUCCAAAUGAAUUUUAGGGUCUGCUCAUCAGUUUCUUAAAAAAAAAAAAAAAAAAAA